GAAGCGGCCGCCAUUUUGUGUGGGAGCUGGAGGGGCAGCGAGCUGGUGGAGCGGUUCGGUCUGUGCUUUGAGGGGGGGGGGCGGUGUCGGAGAGUGUCGGCGGAGGAACAGCGGGGUCGGUGCCUAAAAGCCCCUGUGUGUGUGUCUGUGCUUGUGGGCAAACAAGACGGACAGAAGUCGUAUACUGUAGUCUUUAGCAAAUGAGGCACAACUGACUGAGUUCUCUGAAUAAUAUCAGUGGGACUUCUCCCUUGGAGCUUCUGUGCCGAGAAUCCGAUGUGGGGCUCGGCUACCUGGCUGAAUACAGCAAAUCAGCCCAUGAAAACUUCUAUUCCUAGCCAAAGGAAGGAGUCCAGCAAAAGGCAGCACCUACUCUUUCAGGCUUGGAAGCAAGAAAGGGGGCAAGAGUUGGAGAGUGUGGAAUCUGAGAAGACAACUGAAAGGUGACAUUUAAGUUGAAGAUGGGUGGUGGAGAAAGAUUCAACAUUUCAGUUCCCCAAUCUCGAAGUACCACCAAGAACCAUCAACAACUUAAAAACAGGCAGAAGAAUAAAGACCAGAAUUCGCAGAUGAAAACCUAUAUGAAGAAAGAAAGAGGACACGGAUGCAACUCCUCAUCGGGUGCAUGGCAGGCCAUGCAAAAAGGGGGAAAGAACAAUGUUCAUUUCCCCAAUAAUCAGAAUUGGAGUCCUACUUUAUCGAAUCGCAACCUGUUUUUCACACCUCAAACCAAUCAGAACUAUGCUGGAGCAAAAUUUAGUGAGCCACCCUCACCAAGUGUUCUUCCUAAGCCACCAAGCCACUGGGUACCCGUUUCUUUUAAACCUUCUGAUAAAGAAAUGAUGACAUUUCAGCUUAAAACAUUACUUAAAGUCCAGGCUUGAGAUGUAACUUUUCAUAUUUUUAAAGUUAUUUAAAUUUACAGGGUUUCAAAUUUGAGAAUUGUUAUUCCUAACUCCAGAUGCGCAGGUGUACAGAACUUAGAUUUCUUGCUGCAUGUACUCACUUGGCAGAGAAGCAGGUGGAAGUUUAUAUUGCCCUAAAGUUUUACCUCAAAAGUUGUGUGUUGUGUUCACUGUGAAAUAAGUAAUGUCUAUAAUCAAUCUCAUCAAAUCCUUGAACAGUCACCAUUUAUUUUAAGAUUAAAUGGGACUGUCUCCCAAAAUUGGAAUUGUGACUACUUCUGGUAUGGUGUUAGAAAACCAGCUUUUACCUAACUUAAUGUAGCAUUAACUGGAAAAAAAUGCACUGAAAGCUUUAGUCAGGUACUUUGCUGCUUUUCAAACUUGGUGUAAAAUUUGCUAAAUAAAAACUGCAGAACAGAUUUGCUGAGCAGGAGACCCCCACCUAGGCAUGAGGUAAAGCAGAUUCUUCUCUUGUUUUUACCUGUGAGCUUUAUUUGGCACUCUGGGAUUGGCAGACAAGCAUUUCAAGCCUGUGACUAAAACUGAGGCGUAGGAAACGUCGGUGCAUGUUCUUGAAAGGAUGGAAGAACACAUCAGGCAAAUCUGUAGCUGCCUCUCUCCAGCUCUAGCAAUACUUCACUGAAAUCUGACUGUGCCAACUAAUGACAUUGUGUUGCCAGAUGACUGCCAAAAAAUCCUUUGUAUUCCCAUUGCACUGAUGAGUUCUAAAAUACGUUUUUGUAUCAGUUUUUAAAAUUGUGAAGAAAAGUGGAGUAGUUACUUAGACUGGUCUUAAAUUGGUUACCCUGUAAUAAUUGUCUUAAGGUUCAGUAGCUUGUGACAGGUAUUAAAAUGUUUUAAUUAUGUAAGGGAAGACAGAGCCAUGUAAAUAAAUGUAAAACUUUGUAGCAUAUGUAAAUUUAUGCUGGGCUUUCCUGCACAGAAGUAUUUUUAGUACAAAACUGCUGAAUGUAAGAUGACCAUGUUGAGUACAUGGCCUGAUUUUAAAAAAAAUAUUUUGUUUAAAAAAACACAAAAUAUUUGUGGCUGUGCCCUUGCACUUAACAUACAGUGAUUAUGCACGUUUUACUUGGUUGUGAGCUCAUUUUUUAAAGUAAACUCAGUGCAAAAGAGGCUUAUUUAGAAUUUUUUAAUAAAAUAAUAAAAAUAAAAAAAAAAAGCUGCUCAAGUUCAAGAUACUUGUUCUGAAUGUAUAGAAGUAUGUAUUAAAUGAUGGGAAAAACAGGUGUUCAAAAUCAGCUGUUUCACAAGAAAUGCAAAUGGCUGAGUUUUGGUACUUGAUAAAACUGAAGUAUUUUAAGUUUUCUGAUUCUCCAGUGCAUGAAUGCUGCAUCAUGAUUUGGUCCCACUAUUUGCCACAAUCUGUCAGCUUCAGGACAGGGGCAGGUGCCAGCGCACAGCAGUCAGUGCUGUGACAGAAACAACUCAAUUGUGGUAACAGAAGCCAAGGUUAUUUCAAAACAGUAAUUACUAAAAGUGCUUUAACUUGAAAGGGAAUUUCGCAGAUUGUGAAGUGUUCUUUGAGAUGUCUUUCUGUACAUUCGAAAUGCAGCUGGUCAAAUGUUUACAAAUCUAUUGCUCCAAAUAUGAUGGAAUUGGCAGUUUUUAAACUUUGUGAGACCUGGACUGUCACAAGUGUAGGAGCUGUAUCCCAGUUACAAUUGUGUUUAUUCAACUUUAAAUUGUCAAUUAUUAAUCUCAACUUCAAAUUGUCAAUUAUUAAUGGUAUAUGUACAAAUUGGAAGCAACAAAAAUUUAAAUAAACUAAACUUUUCACCCCCUAAAA